GCAGCACACACCGGCAAGUGAGUGAUGACAUGGCCGGAUUGGAGCCCAUGCUUCCCUUCUCCAAAGGAGGAAGUUCCCAGCUGGAGUUGGAGCCCUUCCAGGAGGGAACCUUGGGCACUUCGCAGGAAAAGCAAUGCUGCCCAGGUUUUGUGUCUGCUUGCAGCAAUUUUUCGAUCCAAUACAACUACACAUCUGCAAGUAUAGCUGCGGCAAUCAUGUUGUCCGACAAUGACAAUAUUGGCACAGCCGUCAAACCGGAUUUUCCACAACCUGCUUGGGUUGGCCAUUAUUUACUUGGGGCAGUUUUCAUGGGUUCCGUUGUUGGGAUGCUGCUCAUGGGGUACCUUGGUGAUUUGUUGGGGAUUCGCCCUGCACUCAUUCUGGCAAAUGGCUUGACGGCGAUGGGAGCUUUGACUUCCUCGUUGCUUUCCUGGGGACCUCCGGACACUGUGUGGACAGUAAUCAUUGCAAGUCGCUUGCUUCUUGGAGUUGGUGUUGGUGGAAACUACCCGCUGAGUGCGGCUAAGGCUGCUGAAUCUGGCAAAGACCUCCAGGUCAAUGCAGCCGAGGCUGCAAACAAAGCUGCCUAUGCCUUUUUCUGGCAAGGCCCUGGCCAAUUGGCACCGUACAUGUGCGCGAUCACCUCCUUACAAUUCCGUUUCCUCCUUGGUAUCGGAGCUGUGCCUGCUGGAGUGGUACUGCUUCGCUCCUGGCAAGAGGAAACCAACUCGUCCCGGCUGUCUGAGGAUGAGAGCAUCGAUAGGCGGGCUGAGCUUCGAAACCGACGACACUGGUGGACUCUGAUUGGUACUGCAGGCUCCUGGUUCUUCUUUGAUGUUGCCUUUUACGGAACGGUGAUUUUCUCUCCCACCAUCCUUCUGAAGGUUUUUGGAGAGAUGGAGUCCUUGCCAAUGCUAUCAAUUCAGGCUGCAGCGAUGAUCACAGUCACGAUCAUUGGCAAUGCCGGUAGUCUAGCUGUAGUUCCGCGGCUUGGUGCCAAAGCCCUGAACACCAUGGGUCUUGCACUGUGUGGAUUAGCCUUCACGGCAUUCGCCUCUGUCUAUCGAUACUGCCAUGAUUGGCAUACCCUUCAGUUCUGCCUCUUGUGUGCGGUCAAUUUGGCGCUUUCACUGCCCAACAUCGCCACCUUCAUGCUGCCCGUCCUCCUUUUUCCUCGAAAUGUUAGAUCCACCUUCCACGGUAUUUCAGCUGCUGCUGCCAAAGUAGGAGCCAUGGUGGGAACGAUACUUUUCCCUGCGCUUGAGGACUACGGCAUUCCAGUGAUCAUGUUCACGCAGGCAGUUCUUUGUGGGCUGGGCGCAGCUUGCAGCCAUUGGUUUUUGGACGAAAGCAUCAGCGUCGAUGCCGAGCCUCACAACGACCAGGUCGGAAAAAAGCAAAGAACUGUACAACUGGUACCAGCUUUACCUGCAAGCGCUUGCUGCUUUUUCAAGUCUAGGUCCAGCUCCAGUUAGUGCAGAUGAUUGGCACAGUCAGCCCCAAUGCCCGAUCAGAGGACUCCGUGGAGUCCGACAAGAACAUGCAGGUGGCCAAAGUGGAGGAAGAAAAGAAUAGUCUCAGAACAACCUUCGGAAUGACCUGGAAUCCCCAGAGUCAAGAAGCAGAGCUUGCGAGCUGCAGCUCUUCACCACAAAAUGUUACCGCUCACCCUGCGAAGAAAAGCGUUGACA